GAGCUAUGCGACGGUGGUCCUGGAGAAGCCCAUGGGCAUCGAGUUUGUUGAGAACCCCCUGGGGGAGGGCGGCGGCGCUAUGGUCAUGGCGGUGAAGCCUGGAUCUCCCGCCGCCAACAGCGGCCAGAUCGCGCCCGGCGCGCACCUGGUCGCUGCGAACGACAAGCUUGUCUACGGCCUCCCGUUCGAGGAAGCCCUGGAGCCGAUUGUCGAGCAAGACGGGCCGGCGAAGCUCACGUUCUUCCUGGGCGACGCUCCGUACCUUUACGGCGAGUUCAGGCCACCUGUCACCUGGUUGUUGGAUUUUAUAGAGCGGCUCAGUCGGGAGGACCAGCAGUCGCCGUCGCAGCCCGCGGCCGACGACGACGCGCAGUGAGCGCCCCGCGGCAGCGGGGCGCUCUGGACAUGAACAAUGUUCUCUGGCAGCUGGCACCCGGCCUUUGGGCGCACGCAAGCUUUUCCGCGGGGUGGCGCGGCGCCCCCCCGUCCACCCUGCCUGCCUCCCGCCUCGUCCCCUCUCCUGCCGCUGCUUCUCGUGUCUUGCCCCCCCUCUCGCUCCCCCUUCCUCCUUCCCCUCUCCCCCCUCUAUUCCCCCUCCUCCUC